AUGGGGGAUUCCCAUAAGAGUCCCAAAGAAGCUAAGGAUGUUUCACUUGAAGAACUUAAAGACAGGCUUGCACAGUUUGCCAGAGUGAGGGGUUGGGAACAAUAUCACAGCCCCAGAAACCUCCUUUUAGCUCUGGUUGGAGAGGUGGGAGAGCUGUCUGAGAUAUUCCAGUGGAAGGGAGAAGUUGAAAGAGGACUUCCCAACUGGACUCCUGAUGACAAGGAACAUCUGGAGGAGGAGCUUUCUGAUGUUCUACUUUAUCUGGUUCAGCUAGCUGAUGUUUGUGGGCUUGACUUGGGGCAAGCAGCACUCGCAAAGAUACUCAAGAAUGCUCAAAAGUACCCAGCUCUUAAUCCAUCAACUAUUUCCACUUAUAAGUAG